UGUCAUGCCACCCCGGCCAAAUAAUUGUGACGAAGACCCAACGGCAAACGACAAACUCCAUCUGUUUUUUUGCUGUGCUUGCCAUGGACAACUCACUUUCUUCACACCACCUCCCACUCCCAACACGCACAAUCAUCACGAUCAUUACCUCUGCCAAUCUAUCGCGUUAUCUUUUUCCUUUUUGGCUGCCCGGCGCAGUAUACUUAUUUCAUGUUGGACGGCGAAUCGUGGCGCGCGACGAUGCCUUGAGAACUAAUCAUAACUAAUUUCUCUACUACCACGAGAUUUUAAUCCUUAAUGAAGCUUUGACAAGUCGACGCAGCAAAAGAGUUUCCUAGAGCGUCUAUUUGCUUGCUUGUCUCCCGAUUACGAUAUCCAUUCCCCCAUUGUUCCGAGCUUUCCUUUCCCCCAUGGGUGGUAUCAUUUUCUGGCGAGUGAAUCGUUCGCUAUGUUCCGUCGCAAAAGAUCCUCUGCGCACGCGCCCAUAAAUCCCAACCCAUCACCGUCUGCCCAGACCGCUGCUGCCCAGGCCUUCAGAGCCUCCCAAGCCAAUGCCACAAUAUCUACGGCAGCUGCGGCAGCAGCCCUUCGGAAACAUACUCCGACCCCUACCUCCGUCGAGAACGUCCAGACAAAACGCAUGCUUCAGAGGCAAUUGUCUACCAGCAGUUCAAAGGGAAAAGUGGCUCAACAACACACUACUCAGAAUGGACGCCUUUAUAGGAGCAGUAGCUCUGGUUCGAUGAGCACGAGGAGUUUUCGAGAUCGGCCCCCGGCUCAUACUGGUUCAAUUACUGGCUCUAGCGAGAGAGAUAUUAGCCCUGUACCGCCGCUUCCCCAGGGCUUUAUGACCCAUCGAAGAGUUGUUAGCCAUGAUCCUUCCUAUCGAGCGAUUAGUCCUUACGGGGAUUCAAGUCGAUCGCCUGGUCCACGCAGCCCCGGUUCCCCUCGCUCCCCCCGAGCUUUGAGUAGCCUUCCAGAGCUGGAAAGGCAAGGCAGUCGAAGCUCAAUCAACUUUUCCUACCCCACUCACGCUCGUCCGAAUUCCCCGCCUCAAUCGCCGAUUAAAAAGUUUAUCGCAAAGCCACUAGUCUCUGAUAAUGGAAGAGACCAAGAUGAAGGACCUUCUCAAAACUGUAUUGCUGCUGCCCGGUCACCCAAAAUUAUAACAACUCCGAUAACGGCAACUGCCAGGGGAAGCCAAUCAUAUCCUGAUUUGAGUUCUUUUCGUACAAAAUAUGAUGACUUGCAGCCGUCUGAAAUUGAGUCUACCCAUGCAAUUACUAACGCCGAGACAAGUACUUCACCUGAAGUACAAGAUCCCGCGCUAUCACAUCAUAUGCGCAAUACGAAUUUAGGCUUGUGUAUAGAUGGGGAAAACGCCGAGCAGGACCGCUAUCCUUCCACUGAGUUAAACCAACUGAAAACACGCACUACUCAAGAUUAUGACCAUCGAGAAAUCAGGGCCGUGAAACAACAAACACCGGAUCUGCCAGAUGCACAUGAAUCAAAGACAUAUCAAACUGACAAGUAUACUGAAUCGGGUAAUUUACACCAAUCUCAACUACCAGGUGGUACUACAGGAGAUGCCGAAAACGACAACGUACCUCUGCCAACUGAGUCUGCGAUUGAUGCCUCCCCAUCUGCAGAUCUUGGCCCUACUUUACAUAUUCCUUCAGAAACUCUAUCACACGGCCACGCGCACGGUCCAUCCAGUUUUAGCAUUGCAGAUACAAAUAAAGAAAGACCGCAUUCGCUUAGCCCGACACGCACUACACGCUUCUCCAGUCACCUUAUUGUUUCCACUACCGGCGAAAGACUUCAUGAUCCACCUCCACGGUCGAUGUCUCCUGCAAAGUCAGCACUGAAACACCCGACUCCUCAAUCUAGCCCGCGCGAUCGCACUUCGAGCAACUGGUCUAAAUCACUCCAAGUGCAUAGCGAAUCAUCUGAUGGCACAUCAGCUGAAUCGGAUGAUGGGCGAAGGAUCGGGAGUAAAAAACGCGCUCCUAAGGUCAGCUUCGAGGAUGAACCUGAGGUGGUAGGGACUGCUGGCGCCCAUUUAACUUCUCAACGGUCGGGAUCACCCGUUUCCUCAAGCUCUUCAUGGGGCCCAGGAUCAAAGUAUUCAAGCAUUUCAAGGAAUAGUCACCGAUUUAAUACAAGUAAUGGGAAUGGUGAGGAUGUGUUUAACGAAGUCUUGAAACCUCGACCUGCGCUUCCUUCUUUUGGCAGUGUUCGCGGACGAAGGGGGUUGAUCGAAGAUCAUGAUAAGCGGUUGGUUCAUGACAGACCUGCUUCACCGAGGACGUCCACCGGUGGCAAUCCUUUCGGUGGAAUUUUACAGCAGAACAAAUAUACUCGCCCAGACCACUCCAGGUCUGUUGUCCCUGGUGAGCCAAUACCCCCAGAAGUCACGUCGGUCGAAGGGACUGGCUACGAUUCUCUCUCUGAGAGCAGCUCGUCCAGCGACCUUAUGGAGGACCCUUUGGAUUUUGCGCCUUCAGGCGACAGUAUUACUAGCUUCUCUCCUUCGGAGGUGCAAAACGCCUCUAGCAACAGCCAUAAGGCCGGAAAUGAAACUACUGGCACGCAGGGGCAGAGUGGAAGUGUACCUGGCAUCUCAAUUCAUCCCGCUACCCCUGCUCUUACGGAUGAGAAGACUAGCGGCGAAUGGACCAGGAUUCCAGGAGGGUUUCCAUCUCCAAUGCCUUUUUCAGAUCACGAAAAGCCCCAGCUGAGCAUAGAUUAUGCUCGUCAACCAAGACCCGUUACCCCAGAGUCCUUACCUCGCUCCCAGAUUCAUUCAGUUCCAUCCACCGAUGAUGAUGAAUCUGAUUCAAGUGAAAGUAUUUACAGUGACGCUGCCGAAAAUUUGACAGAUCUUGAGGGCGAUGGUUUUGGUUCCAUAAAUGCAAUAGUUGAUAGCCCCGUCUCUCACGUUUCUAGCUAUACCCACACUCCGCCCCCAGAUAGCCCUACUCGAUCCAAAGCAGAUAAGAAGCGGUCAUCUGACAUUUCAUCGCAACGUAAUGAUCCCCGAAAUUCUUCUUCUCCACUAGGGCGUGUUUAUACAAACGCUCCUUUGCCCGCUGUCGAGGAAGAAGCUUUGCCUUCGCCAGUACCCAGCGGCAAGAAAGAAGAUUCAGAGGAUGGUCGAGACUUGCUGCAUCAUAAAAACCAGCAACUGCACCCGAAGUCCGACUUACAUGGCGGGGUCUCUGCGACGUUAGACGGUGCAAGGGUCGUACCAACCAGUGCUAAACCAGCGAGCUCUGACAAAGUUGAGUCCAACGGGAAACCAACCGAUCAGUCAACGACGAGUUUCCGGAAUGUUGCCCAGCAAAAGGGACCAAGGUCAAAACCCUCUAAGCGGACCCCAAAUGAUACAACUCCCUCCUACGAUAAGGAAUACACUUCACAGAACAGAAAUGACCCGUCUUCCACAAACCGGCCCAUUGAAAAUGGCCAUCCUCCUCCAGGUGUGGCUGGCUCGGAUUUCGGAUUCGUUUUGAAAGACCGAAGUCAAUCUGCCGUAUAUGAUAGUGAUUCUUCAAGCAGCUUCAAGCGAACCAGACGUUCACCGCGGAGUACUACACAUUAUACUUUGAAGCGCACGCUGAGAGGUCCCUCUGAUACUCGGCCAUAUUCCUCUGGUGGCUAUUCUAUUGGCAUCGCUGGCCGUUCAACCCCACCCACCCCCCAGCGGAGGCCGUUUUCUUCAGAUCACAACUUACCUGUUCGGACCACGCUACGCGGACCGGGGGAUCGACUGCACGCCAAAUCCUCGUCAUUUAGCAGCUUUGGAAAGUCGUUGAAGCUGAAAAGGGUCCAAGCUGGGCUGAGUCCGCAUACGCAUAUAGGGGUGAAAUCCAGGUACCCACUUAGCCACGCUAACAAUAAUGUGGUGGGGUUUGCUCGUCCAUUCCGUAGCCGUUAUGAAGAUUCGAGUGAGGAUGAGCUAGUUCCCACGUAUUUCAGUCCUGUCCGGGGUAUCCCCAAGCGCAAGGAUGGUGUUGAUGGCGAUUCGACAGAUCUCGAAGAUAGCUCUGACGAGGAAGUGACCAAAAAAGUGCUGUUAAGACGCGCCGAGCCUUGCCGCCGCUCGAUAUUCCCAAGCAACGGCCAAGCUAGACCGGCCCCUGUCCCUGACACCAUCACAGAUGGCGUCAUAGCUACCGAUGCCACUAACGAGCCAACGAGUGUGAUUCCCAAUGCACCUGGAGCGUUUCUUCCCCAACUUCCAAAGCGGCAGGGGAGUAUUUUUAACAGGCUAGGUCGCUCAAGGUACAGAGGGAAUGGCGAGGCUAAAAUCCGAAAAUCCGAGCUGGAUAGUGCCGCGAGGCGCGACAGCCCGCUUGAACGUCCCCGCUUCGAGCUCCUGCGAAAUAAGAGCUCAAGGUCAUCAAGGAACGGUAACAACAAACUACUUUCAUCCAACGUUGGAGCAGAUGACCCUAUUCCUCCCACUCAAGAUGAUGUGGAGAAAGUUUCCGGCCUCAUGGGGUCAGGUUCAUGGCCUUUAGGCUCCUACAUGAACGCCCCCGUUAACAUAUCUGCUCCCGUUUCACCUAUUUCUGAGAAAGGUGAACCAGAUCUAGUACGACCAGGGACAGCUAACGACAUUUCGCCAAACAAUGACAACACUUUCUUCCGCGCGUCGAUUCCAGGUCCAACUCUCCCAGCGCCAGAAUCGUCAUCCAGCUGGACAUCUCGUUUCCGUCCCCGAUUGCAGAAUCGACGCAGGGUCAGCAGUACAUUUGGCGAAGACUCGUCCGUUUCCGCGAAGUCAGAUGCCGGUGCUAGACCGGACGAGAAGAAGAAGAGGAAGAAAUUCUCGCUCCUUAAAAAGGCGUUCCGAAUAAGCUCCAGAGAGUGAGCUUCUUGCUUCCUGUACCUGUCCGUUCUAAACCACCGGCCAUGAUCGAGCCAUGUUGCAAUGUUUACGACCCACGAUUUAUAUAUUCUGCUGCUCACUUAAUAACCGCUUGCAUCUUUCACUUUAUUUCUCUACAAUAUAUAAUUACUCCUAUCUUUUUUUUUUUUUUUAGAAAAAUCUUUUCAUCGUGAACAUCUCUCGCGGACCUUCUUUUAUCUCUAUUUUUUUUAUCCACUCAGGUUUAUCUCCUUUCCUCCGUGUCCUUCAAUGUUUCGGUUUUAUAACCAGCCCUGAUACCACUUUUUGUUGCCUUUACAAAACCGAUACCUCUAUCUUCAUAUACCAUGUGCGCAACAAUAUUUAGCCAGCUUCUCCCCAUAUCCCCCCGCCUUUUUUUUUCUUUUUUCUUUUUUUUCUUUUUUCUUUCUUUUUUUUUUUCUUUUGGAUUUUAUUUUAAUGACCACUGGAAAAAAAGCCCUUGUGCGCGUUCUUUUCGUUAUCCUGGAAGCACGAUAUCAUGUGGAAAUCUUUUACAUGUUGAAAGCACUUCAACCAAAAAUUUAUUCGCCAGUAUUUUUUUAAAUGUCAAGGAUACAAUUUUAUUUCCCCAUAGAUAGCUUUUUCUUUUGCUUCGUGGACGUUUCGACUUCCUCAUCUUCUUGUUCUUCAUUCCCAUGUUUACAGCCAAACCAUACACCUUGUUACCCCGUUGACAUUCAGUUCGUCCACUCUUGAGGAGUGCUUAUUAUUAAUAUUCGGUUGGCGACUACAGCUUUUGGCUUAAAUUUUUGGUGGUGAUAUUUAAAUAUAUAUAUAUAUAUAAUUAAUGAGCUUGACCCCAGACUAUUUUUUGUCAUUCUCCAGUUUUUGGGAGACCAUCUUUAAUAAAUUGAUCUGCUUUCUCCAUAUUAUCUCCGUGAAUCGAGUUAAUAUACGGAGUACGGUUUAUCUGAAAGAUUCGAUGUCGCGUUCUUCGAUUCAAACGAAGCCAUCACCACAAAGCUCUUCAAAACGAAAGAAUGAUUAAACCAGCGUCAGGGUCUGGAAAGCAAAUGCAGCAAACCCCGCCGAAGGCAUGACGGAUUUUGGGACCGCAGUGGGUCCGGCAAGCUGGGCUGGGAGCCUGGUCCCUUGGGAAGCUGGAACUCGCCUCGCUCCACGACUUUUGCUUUUUCCUGUCAGGCCCAGAAAGCCUGGAAACUGGAGUUUGACCAGAGAAGUUCGGGCUGUUG